AUGAGAUCGCACAUGUGGAACUUUCCGCUUCUCUUCUUUGCGUUUGCGGCGUCCACUGUGGCCGUCCUGACCCCCCUUGCGGCGCAUUCCGCGGCGUCUAGCGCAUGUUUGUCGCAAUACACUUUUUCGAUGUUCCUCGUUGACUUCGACAAGCGUUAUAAUGACCCGGUGGAGCAUCACAAGCGGAACGCCAUUUUCAACGAAAACCUCGCGGGGAUCUGCGCCUUCAACAAGGACCCAAACCGCUCAUAUCGAUUGGGUGUUAAUCAAUUCGCUGACCUUACAGAGGAGGAGGUUGCUGCGCGGUUUACCGGUCGUGUUGCCCUUCGCACGCCCGCCGGGUCUCCGUGGAGGGCCUCUUACAAGUACACAAAGGCAAGUGCCCCAGAGGCAAUGAGCUGGCAGCAGGCCAGAGACCCUGUCCUCACUCCCGUCAAGGACCAAGGAAAGUGUGGUUCAUGCUGGGCACAUGCGGCAACGGAAUCGAUUGAGAGCAUGUACGCCAUUCAUACAGGGAAUUUGUUGACGUUGAGCACGCAGCAAAUCACAUCUUGUGCAGACAACCCUGAGAAAUGUGGCGGUACGGGUGGCUGCGGCGGUGGUACGGUGCAGUUGGCCUGGGACUACGUCAAGAGUGCCGGAGGAAUUACCCUCAAUGCGGAUUAUCCGUAUGUGAGUGGAAAGACCAGCUCAACUCAGCAAUGUGUACUCAAUGCGAGUAUGCCGUGUGAUGUACACGUUUACGGCUACGUGUCUCUUCCACCUAACGACUACGACGCCGUCUUGGAAGCCCUCGUCGAAAAAGGUCCUCUUGCUGUUAGCGUUGAUGCCAGUCAGUGGGGCUUGUAUGCGGGCGGUGUCUUUGAUGGCUGUGGUGUGGGGAACGCAAAUAUUACCAUAAAUCACGCCGUGCAACUCGUAGGUUUUGGAAAGGACAACAGAACCCAACAACAAUACUGGAUCGUACGUAACUCCUGGGGCGAGAAAUGGGGUGAGAAGGGAUACAUUCGGCUCCUGCGCCAAAAAGGCAAUCACACGUGUACCUUCAACCAAGACUGGAGUACCGCGGGAGGUGGCUGUGCUAAUGACCCAAACACCACCGUCGUUGCUUGCGGCAUGUGUGGGAUUUUGUACGACGUGGCGUAUCCCGAUGUCAUGGAGCCGCCCGGGCGGGGCAGGCUCGUUUGGGUAGCGGGGGCGGCAUUUGGUGGCCUUGGCGUUUUGAUGAUUAUUUUGGUGGUUUGCUCGAAGUGCGGCGGGGGCCCAAAAAGGGGUUAUGGCGGUCUUUCUGCGGGGUCGGAGCACCUCCAUUGA